CUUGUCGAAGCGCCGCCUCGCCUCGUCGCCAGUCACCGCCACAUUCCCGUGAUGGGAUGAAUAAUACUCCGAAAAAGAAUGUUUCUUCGUGUCUUGUAAUGGUUGAAUGGCAGCGGAUGGUACUUUUCUUUCCACGGCCAUGUCCCACCAGGCCCCAACUACCGCCGCUCCCUUGGCCUUGACGACUCCGACACCCAUGCCGCGCCCAUGCCGCAUGGUUGCCUUUGGCGGCGUGACCGAGUACCGCUUUGCGCUAGGCCACGGUGGCAGUGCCAUCCCAUCGCUCAACGGACCGGCCGUUGGUCUCAUUGGUCAACCACUGCGAGUCAAGAGCCGAUCCCUCCGUCGCAAACGACCCCGCCAAACCGGUCUGCACCGCUACACCCGCGAAGAGCGCGUCGAGAUCCUCAAGAAAGCCGGCCAUCAAAUGAAGGAGAUCGUCGACUUCUGUAUGGAUGCACUGGACGUCCGCCUCUCGCGGCGACACGAACGGCCAACCAAGCGCCUGAAACAAAGUGCCAUCGUGCUGCGAAACACCGAAAUCAACGCGUCGGCCAAUAUUUGCUACCACCAGGACGAGGCCAUCUUGGAUGUCCUGUAAUUCUUACAUCUUAGUUUCCACAGUUCUAUCAGUCCUGUGUCAUUCGUGAUGGAAGCCCUUCAUGCACGCGUCUUGUGUAUUCCGUAGUGGC